CGCGCGAGUUUGAACCGUCGUGACCCUGAGAAACAACACAAACAUAGUCUUAAAUUUCAUGUCUGUCAUCAAAUCGCCUUUUUGAUAGAUGACCGUCCUUUUAGGGCAUGUUUUUGCGAUAAGUCAAGAUAUUGAACUCUUUUAUAAGGAGGCUCACAGAAGCGAGAUGUUGUUAGUAGUAAACGAGUAACAGUCGCGUGAGGUUGUGGACGCUACGCUGCAGCUAACUCUGAUCCGCUGUACAGGUGCUCGCUAGCGUUGCGCACCUUGCGCUAUUUUACAUUGUGCGAUCAAAAUACGCUGAAGUAUUGAAGCAUUCGAUAUUUUUCAGUUCGUUAAUUCAUCUCCUCAUUUCGGACGAACUGAAUUGCGAUUUUGAGAUAAAAUUUACGUUUAUAAUUUUUUUUCGCAUGGGUAUAAUAGUUGGCCAACGUGUAUCAAUGCCUCAAAAAUCCAUAAUGCUUCCGUCAAACGAGAUAAAAUCGCGAACCAAUCUUACACAUGAUAAUUUAUGCACGACUACGACGAAUAAUGCGCCGAUUUUUUCUGUUGAAAUGAAAAAAUCUCCUUCGGCAUCCUCAGAUCCACAACUUCGGGAAGAAUCUCUUUUUAGCAAGAUGCAGAACACCGCAAGAACCACAAUCAAUCUCUCACACACAGCCACGUCGAGAAAAGAUCGUGCAUGUGGUUGGGAACCGCGUGAGAUUCAACAGCUCGGUAAUUCGUUCUCUUCAAGUUGCAACACCAGACCGACACAUGCGGAAGUCGGGGAAAAUUUCAUCCGCUCAUCUCGACGAUGCUUUGCUUUCCCGAUGCUCGUCCUGCUUCUGACGAUAUUCGACGCCACUAAGAUUGAAGCCCGCACUUCUGUGUCCACUCGUCAUGGUUCGUCAGUGCCAAUACUUGACAGCUAUCCGUCCUAUUCAUCGGAAUACCAACCAGACUAUCCACCUGAACUGAAACCAAGAAUACCGGAUGAACCACUGCACGCGGAUCGCAUCUUUUUCCAGCAAGGGCAACACUCGGAAGAAGACUUACCAGUGUGCUCAACGUAUUCGGUGUGCAACAAAAUCAGCACGUACAGCACACCGUACGCUGAGCGCAUGUGCCGAUGUCCUGGCGAGACCAAAUGCAGCACAUCCCUCGACAAUCAGGACGGCUAUACCGUGGUCGAUAAAAACCUUCAGUUUAAGAUGUGUGAACCAGCGAAGAAGUUACCCCAGUGCAAGCUGUUUGGUGAGGUUGCCUACACUAUGAUCUUCUACCCUGACAACGUGACGCAACUUGUCGUCCACUGCACGUGUCCCAAGAAAAAACUAUAUUCCGGUUGGAAUAAUGUACCGCCUCAACAGUUGGUGUGCAAGAGGAAGGAGCCGUGCAGGUUGUUCAGCGCACGUAAGCGUACCGACUUCGAGGAGGUGACCACGACCGUCUUGUGUCGCUGUCCUGCCACUCGCUCCUGUCCCGCACACCACACCGACCACGGUGUCGUGCCUGGCAAACUCUACAGUGACGAUUCUCUCAGGACCUACAGUGCAUACUGCGUCUGAACGCUUGUGCACCACUUACUUCACAGCUUAUUACAGUAAAGGAAAGAUGACUAAUAAAUCUUAGUUAGCAUUGUUAAAACAAGUGCGAACAUUGUGUAUUGAUUAUGAAGAUGAGUUAUGAUGAAAGUUAACAACAUUGUUACUUCGUAAGCCAUUGAGAAUACAGCGAUACUGGUUUCAUGUCUCAGUUGGCAGGCCUGUUCAGAUAUGGAUUGUGAUUGUCUUGCGAAUUAAAAAUUUUUUUAUAAAUCAGGAGACGAUCAUUUAUUGAUGGUGUGGUGCGUCUUCACGGAUGUACCUUUACCUAUGACUUCAACACUGAAUUUAUUGAAAUUAGGUUAAAGUAACUUGAGAGGUAACUGAAAAAUAAGAAAUCGAAAGUAUUAUGCGUACAUGUUUGACAAUGACAACAGAAAAACAUUCCUCUUUUUUGCCACUUGGAUUCAAUUUUUUUAUCAAUAAGUUCAGAGAGUUCCAUCCAAUUUUUUUAUUAAGCUCAUGAUUGAUAUUUUGAAGUAACUGAAUUUUUAGAUGCGAUAUCCGUUCUUCAGUUCCUAUGAGAAGCAUUUCAUGUGUUCUAGUACAAGUUUACUUGACAGCUAGCAAUCGCCAACGCAUGGCUAUUAAAAAACUAAUAGACAGUACAACUACUUUUAUCCUAUAUGCUUAACAUUUGUAUCUGCUAUUACUUGCAUGCUGCAUAAUGCUCUUAGUCUAGUUAAAAUGAUUAUUUUAGUGGCAUUAUUAAGAUUUAGAAUAUCAUGAGCUCGUCGUAGCUCCAUUUUCGAUGUUUACGUUCUUAUUUUGUAUGAUUUGGUUUUGUUAUCAUUUCUAGUUGAGUUAGGAAAACUUUAUGCAGAUGAAUGAUGAACUCUUUCACGAUUCGUCCCUUGGCGAGGUGCUAUAAGUAUUAAUCAUCGAAGGAACACAGCAAAUUUUGGACAAUGAUAUUUGAAGUUACAAAUAAAUUUGAGCUUCCUCAGCUGAAAUGUCAAUAUUGUAUGAGUAAUAAUACCGUGCAACCACAGUAAAUUACCAAUUAGUGACCCAACAUCUAAAGUUUCUGCAUUUAACUGGCUGACAAAAUGCAUUCGUGUUCAUUAAAAACAAAAUUUUCAAUCAAAAUCGCAAAAUUUAUACUCCUCUGGAAUUCAAACUCAGAAGACAAAAUUACUUACCUAUUUUUCAAACCCUCCCUACAAUUCUAAUGAUUUAUGCAUUGUUGUUCUCUUCUUCACAUUCCAUUUCCUGUUAUUAACGCUGAGUAUUAAUUAACACGGAAUAUUUGCUUAUUCAUGUCUGGAACUAUUACAGUUUCUAUAACUUUCUGGAUAAUGCAUUCAACGUAUUAUAAAAUUGGAUGACCCUUUACUCGAACUGAUAUUACUACGUCCGCUUCUAUAAUAUACUGCAUAUGACUUUUAAUUCAGGCUAAUCUUGUACAAAUAUGUUAUACGUCUUAAUUGAGAUUUUAUAAAUACAACUUCCAUUAUUU